AUGGAUUUGACACCCGUCCUGGUCGAGACAUGGACUCUCUAUGCCAUAGGAUCUACCAUGAUCGGGGCAAGAGUAUUUGUUCGAACAAGGCUCGUUGGAGUGCAAGGUUACGGGCCUGACGACUACCUCGUCUGGUUUACUUGGCUGGUGUACACCUGCGUCACAAUUAUCGCGCAUGUAUUCUUAGUCCAGGCGGGAGGAAAACAUACAUCGGUGUUGACAAAUGCGCAACGAGCGUCAUUAUCAAUGAGCGAGCGGAAAGAUUGGCAAUACGGCUCGAAGCUCUUCUCCUUUGGCUUCCUUAGCUAUGCCACCAUUGUUUGGAGUCUGAAGUUCAACAUGCUUUUCUUCUAUCGUCGACUUGUCAGAGGCCUACACAUUGAACGGUUCAUCCUGCCGGCUUUUGGAUUCGUCACGGCAGCGGGUAUUGCUGCUAUCCUUACUUUCUGCUUGGCAUGUGUUCCAUUCACCAAGUUGUGGCAGGUUUAUCCAAACCCAGGAGGUCAAUGCUAUCCACAAAACCCUGUCACAUUCUACACCGUCGCAGUCUUAAACGUCCUUACUGAUAUGUGCAUCAUUGCUAUUCCUAUCCCGAUGGUCUUGCGAGUCCAAGCUAGCAUUAUGCGCAAAAUUGGUCUGAUGAUGCUUUUCGGUCUCGGCUUGUUCUGUAUGAUUGCAGCCAUCGUUCGUGUCGUUCUCAUUUUCAAGCUUCAGCGCCAUGGUGACGGAGCCCUAUGGUCAAUCCGAGAAGAUUUUGUCGCCGUCAUAGUCGGCCAGGCACCCCUCGUCUACCCAAUCACUAAGCCCCGGUUCUGGAAGAGCAUCUUCGGUAAUGAACGAUACGAGGAUACAAACGACCACAGUCAACAAUACAAAGACAGCAAAGCAUCGUCGAAACGAAAGCCCAAGGACCCCUACAUGAUUACCCAGACAGAACUCACUAUGGUGGACAAGUCAGAAAGCACAGAGGAGAUCAUGAAGGUUGAAGAAGGAAAGAUGGACGGUGGCAUCCUCGUGCAGAGGACUUACAAUGUGGAUGUUGAAAGCUCGAGAUCGGAGUCGGGUCACGAAGACAAGAAAUACCCAGGCCAGGCGUUUUAA